AUGCCUGACACGCAACGAGCAUCGGAAGAGCCCACGGCAACCAUAAACGUGCUCGCAGACCCACCGGAGCAGCUUCCGCAGAUUCCACAGCAGUCUUUGGCACGCGAUCAUCUUCCACCGAGCGAGAAGGUUCUUCCGGACAAGCGCAACAAUGUUGCGGCUUCGCUACUCCAUCCGCCUGUUGACGUGCCAUCUAUUCCGAAGACGUCUUCGCUGGACCCCCCACUCAAAGCACCCGGUGUACCAGAAGGACCGCCUCCGGAGCUGUUGGACGACACCGAAACAGAGCUUGAAGCAGUCAUUUCUAAGCUCACGAGAAACACGAGUCCGGGCAAAGACAGGAUAGUGAACAAGCACCUCCGACAGCUACCCAAUCAGGCUUUGAUGGCUCUCCUACGGUACUACAACGAGUGCUGGGAAAAGGGAGAACUUCCUGCCGCGUGGGAGCAUUCGGAGGUGAUCAUGAUACCUAAGCCCAAUAAGCCCUUAGCUGUUGAGAACUUAAGGCCCGUUUCCCUGACUUCCUGCGUUGGCAAGUUCUUUCUGCAUAUGAUACAUGACAGGCUCACGUCACACCUUGAAGACAAUGGGUACUACCCAAACACCAUGUCCGGAUUUCGCCAGCUUCUUUCUACGCAGGACGUCCUCUUACUCCUGAAAGAUCUGGUUAACCACCUGAGCAAGAACAGCAAGUCGCGCGUCCUUGUGAUCGAUGUCAAAAGCGCCUUCGACAAUGUUAGCCAUAAAGCCAUACUGCAGAAUCUCGAAGACAACGGCUGCGGUUCAAAGACCUAUUGCUAUGUUCGAAACUUUCUCAUUGGUCGUACGGCUACGGUGGCAAUAUCCAACCUAUGGAGUAACAAAUUUGAGCUGCCGAACAGGGGCACCCCUCAAGGCUCUGUCGUGUCACCACUUCUAUUAUACGUGGCGCUCCUUCAGCUCCCCCGGCUUCUCGAAAAUAUACCGGGCCUGCGUCGCGCCAUUUACGCCGACGAUAUUACGCUGUGGACGCGAGGCAAGAGCACAGGAGAGCAAGAAAGCUGCCUGCAGGAAGCGGUCGACGUCAUCGAGAAAUACCUUCACAGAUGCGGCCUCCAUUCCGCACCUGAAAAAUCGGAAUUGCUUGUACUCAAGGCGCACACGAGAGGAAGACCUCCAACUUACGAAGCACCAGACCCGUACGUCACCCUCCACAGGGUGCAAAUACCCAACGUCGCCUCGCUUCGAGUACUCGGCUUGCACCUGCACAGCGACGGAUCAGGGGCCGCCACGCUUCCUCGACUUCAACACAAAAUUUUCCAACUCACGCACCUCGUAAGGAGAGUCGCCAAUCAACACAGUGGUCUGAAGGUACAAGAUACCCUAAGAAUCGUACAAGCUCUUCUAACCAGCAGAAUCACUUACGGAACUCCAUACCUCGCUCUCAAGACAUCUGAAGUCGAUAAGCUGAAUGUGCUCAUCUGCAAAGCUACGAAGCUCGCCAUGGGGUUACCUCCGAUGGCGUCGACCACCAGACUCCUUCGAAUGUGGGUGCACAGCACCUGGCAAGAGCAGUUAGAAGCACAACGGACCAGUCAGCUCGACAGACUGAGGCUCACGUCGACGGGCAGAUCGGUCCUUGCGCACCUGGGCUAUGGGGAGUGCUACACCUGCGAGGCGGACCGCAAAGUGAAGGUACCGCCAUACUUGGGAGACUCACUGAGCAUCGCCCAAGUGCCGCGUAAUAUGCAUCCCGAGUAUCAUCGGAAACGACGGAUCGCUCGAGUCGACACGAUCCGAAGACGACACCAGCACGAUUCAGACGCUCGUUACGUCGAUGCGGCUAAAUACCCGGGCAAAAACGCCUACACUUUAAGCGUAGUCAACGCAGGCGGAAAUGAGCUGGCAUCUGCCACCGUCAGGGUGCGGAGCUCCGAGGCGGCGGAAGAAGCGGCGAUCGCCCUCGCCACGACGACAAGCACGGACGCGCUCGUAAUCUUCACAGACUCCCAAUCUGCUGUCCGCAAUUACACGCGAGGCCGAAUCUCAAUUGAGGCACUCCAAAUUCUGAGUAAGAGCAGCACUCCGCUUCCUUACACCUGCGUAGUGUGGGUGCCGGGACACGAGGGAAACGAAGCGGCUGACACCGCGGCGCGCGGUCACGUCAACCGGGCCUCCCUCACCGCCUCGCUCGAACCGCGGUUAGCCAGCGCUGCAGCAGAAGUGGAGACCGUACCCCGGACGUAUAACGCCAUACUGCAACCCUAUCGCCUAGCUCGCAGGGUGUAUCCGCCACCUCAUCCCAAGCUAACUAAGGAAGAAACAACAGCAUUGCGAAGACUGCAAAGCAACACGUACACGCACGGUACCCUGCUACGUCCCAUCUACCCGACGCCUCAUGCAUACCACUGCCCGAUAUGCGACGUUCCAGAUACACUGGCACGCCUCAUACUCGAGUGCCCGUGGCGCCACCAAGAUGCCGAUAACAAGCCCGCGACGACCGCACACAACAACCUCCUCGCCGAGACACGCAAUACUAAGCUGUUGAAGAUGAACACAUCUGAAAGCAAGUACCGUCGAAAUAGCACCGAGUACUAA